UCUAACAAAUAUAAAAUAUGGCUGAUAAAAUCAAGUCUUUCUUUCAAAAGAAGAAAACAAGCGCAAAAUUUAUGAAAGCGGGAAAGGGAUACAAAUUGACUGAGUCCACCAGUACUAUAUGUACUCCAACAGAGUCUAAAGGACCAAUUAAGAGAGCGGAACCUACAGAGGAAGCUAAGACAGCGGGCCAAGCUGCUUUAGCAAGAUUGGAAGCGAAGAAAACUGACAAACCAAGAUUUAAUACAUCGUAUGCUGCUAUUCAAGCACGUGUUAAGCGUGAACUGGAAUUGGAAAGAAAAGCACAGCAGAGUUUACAACAGACGGAAGAUACGACGUUGAAAGAGAAGAAAGAUAAAGUUGUAGAUCCAUCUAUUUUUGCAGUCACUGAUGUGUUCUUCCGUUGCCCGUAUUUAUCCGAUGAGAUAUUGUUGCGGGAUGAGUGGAAAAAGAAAAUAAGAGAAUUUCUGUAUGAGCAGUUAAUGGGCGAGGAAGCAGGAUUAACAGCAUGUCUAAUUAUUCAGAGCUGCAAUUUCGGAAAAGAAAAAAUUGAAGGCUGUGUAGAAACACUUGGCAAAUAUUUGGACAAUAUUAUUAACAAUCCUGACGUCGAGAAGUAUUGGAAAAUCAGAAUGUGUAACAGAAUAUUCCAAGAAAAAGUUUUGCCUGUCGAAGGAGCACUAGAUUUUUUAAAAGCAGCUGGUUUUGAACAGAAAAAAUUGCUGCACAACGAGAACGAAGAAGAUUUCUUAGUGUGGAGCCCUGAUAAUUGUAACAUUGAAAAUCUCAUGAUGUUGGAUGAAGCAUUAAGGUCUGCUGAGCCCAUUCCUCUUGAGUUAGACAGGAAUUUACAAGUAUUGAUGCCUAGUCAAGCUCGUGUGAGAAAUGAAUUGCCACCUAGCUUCUUCACAAUAACUCCGGAAGAAAUAAAAAAGGAACAACAGUUGCGGACGGAAGCUGUAGAAAGAAACCAAAUGUUAAGAACAAAGGCUAUGAGGGAGAAGGAGGAGCAGCGUGUACUUAGGAGAUAUAAAUUCGCCGUACUUCGCAUUAAAUUUCCAGACGGAAUAAUAUUGCAAGGUACUUUCUCGGUACACGAGAAGUUCCAGAAUGUAAUCGAAUUUGUUACUGAAAAUUUAGUCGAUGAUAAAGUGUCCUUUUUGCUGAUAACACCGGAUGGGAUUAAGCUAGUAGAAGAAUGCCAUGCAAAGACACUUUUAGAAUUACGAUUAAUUCCUACAGCUAUAUUGGAGUUCUCUUGGAAUGUAUCUGAUAAAGAAAUUAUGCCUAAGAGAUAUUUGAAAGAAGAUGUUCUUUGUUUUAUACAACCAGUUUGAAAAUAAUAUAUUCUGGUACAGAUAAUAUGAUAUAUAAUUCAAAACAUUUUUUUUUUUAAUACUUUCUUGACACUUUUAGCAUCAUUGUUAUAAUUUUCUGGUCAUUCCAGUGUUUUUGGAGAAUUUUUUUCUGAUAUAUUGCGUCCAUUAUUACUAUAUCUGUCAAAACCCCAAUUGUGUAAGAAAAGUGAAGUAUGCUGAUUUAAUUUUUAAUGAAUAAAUUUAUUAUUGAAGUAUGUACACUUAUUGAAUUAUCUAUAACAUAAAUAAAUGUAAAGAAAAUUCA